AAUCAUUGCCGCCAAGUUACGAGUGGUUGGACUGCUCGGCACACUGUCAUGGCUGCUAGUCCUCGGUCUUCCGCCAAGACCACCCCGGUCUCGGUUUACCACGCCCUCGCCCAGAUUGCCGACAACCUGGCACGCGUGACUCCACCUGCGUCGUUGCCACUCCCGGCUGACUCCUCGGCUACACCGUCAGCAUCGUCGUCAUCGCUCAAGUCGGCUCUGCUUGCCCCGUUCCGUCUUGUGUCGACGACGGUGAAAGCGAGCAAGGCUUACCGGAAUCGAACCGCUGCCCUCGCUGCAUACAGCGAUGCCCGCAAGCGGCUCCCUCCCAUCAUCAGCUGGCUUCGCCGCUCGCCGCUCGAUGUCUUCCGCAACUGCAGGCUCGAUGCCGGGCGCAAGAUAGCGGACGAGCCCGGCCGGGGCGAUCGUGUCGAUGCUGCGAUGGCGGUCCGCGGCGCUCUGCUCCGGCGUGCGGCCAAGGUCGCCCGCAUGGCCAUCGCUCUCGGGGAGAGCUCGCUCGGCUGCUCGGCUGCGGACAUGCUUCCGAUCGCACUUGCACUCGCGUCAGCACUCUUUGGACUGAGCCGUCGACAGGCUGCCGCCAAGCUCCUCCGCGCCAUCCUUGCCAAGCUCGAUCCGAGUUGUGCCUUUCUCGAUGCCCAAGCGCCAUGCGCUGGAGUGAGCAAAGGCAAGAAGGGCACGAGUGACGGCGCACUCGAGUUGGGCUGCGACUACGUUUCGCUACUCAACAACUUUGCUUUGACCUUUGAGAGCGAUGACGCUCCUACCGCACUCGCGCUCUAUCUUCGGUCGCUUGAUAUCACGCAGCACCAAGUGUCUAUCGAUGACAAAUUCAAGCCACAGCGCAUCACCCGUAUCGCUAUCAUUCACACCAACAUGGCCACUGUGCACCAGCGGAUGGGAGACACGUCAGCGUCAAUCUUUCACCGCUUUGAAGCUGCUGCUGUGCUCUCAUCGCUAGACCAGCCCCCGCCUUCCACGGCUCUUGACAUCCUGGGCCGUCUCUCCAGCAUGUUUCUCUGCGCCUUCAACACGCCCGAUUGCUCGAACAAAACCGGAGCCACCGGCCUGGCCUCGCUGAUGCUGGCGAUCUACACCGCGCGGCCCGCCGUAGCUUUGGCAAAGACCGAUCUCCAGAAGGCCGAUGCCCUCCAUGACACCGCUGUCUGCCUUGUGCUUGCCAGCCGGCUGACUGAAGCAGAGCAUCUGCUGCAUGCGGCGCUUGCGACUGAUCCCGCCCUCGACGCGCUUGCUGCCGGAGGCUGCGGCACCUUUUCCGCCCUCGCCACCGUCUAUCGUGAAGCCUCGCGCUUUGACGCGGCCCGCGCCAUGCUUGCGCACGGCCUUGCAGUCGUCGAUCCAACCUCAGAGUUUGCGGCCUGCCUUGCUGCCGACUCGGUCCGUGACGCACUGCAGUCGGGCGAUGUUGACACCGCGGCUGUCCACGCCGCUGCAGUCCUUGCCACGCCACUCACGCCUCUUUUUGCAUCCAGUCACAUCUCGGUCUAUGCGGCACUCGCUAGUGGUGUGAGCACAUGCCAGCUGCCUCCCUCGGCUCUCCCUCUCGGCUGGCAAGCCGGCGUUCUUGAUGCGUAUCGUACUCUUUGCGGCGAGUCGGGCGAGCCGCACCCGAGCUUGACCUCUGUUGCCCGCGUUGUGCGGACGGCUGCCGCGCUGGCGGCGGAUCCUGACGACGCUGCUCGCGCUUUCGCUGCACAGCUUGCUGACAUCCAUCCACUGCCGCCGACACUUACGCCCGCUGCUCCAGUUCUGGCGGCGCUCCUCGACGUCGACUACUCGCCUGCCGAGAGCAAAGGCAUGCCAUUUCGCGUCGCCGCCGCGAACGCUGCCGCGUGCGCCGCCCUCGCCCAAAUCGACCUCUCUGAUCAAGUACCAGUCACACUACCGGUCGUCCAUGUCUCAGCUCUUGAUGCCCUCCUUGUGGCCACAGCAGGCGGAGACCUCUCCCGUCUUCCUGGCCCGCUGGGCAUGUGGCCUGUCCUUGGUCUCGCGCCCGAGUUUGAUGCAUGCUUUCUCGACGAUGGACUUUUGCUGUGGCGUGAGGCGCUCGUCCACUGGCUGGAGGCGGUUGCUGUCAUUGUGGUCGUCGGCGAUGGCGAGUGGCUUGCUCUCUGCGCGCUGCCUGCGCCGGCGAUCCCGGUCUGGCUCGCACCAUCCGGCAAAGAUCCGGACUGCGCCUUUGCCGAUGCCCUUCACAGCUUCUUGGCGGCGAUUCCGUCAUCGCAUCUCUCGCUCUCUCUUGUACUGCCAAAUACGCCGCUUGCAGCGCUUGCAUGGUUUGCCCGACAUGCGUCGCAACGCGUCACCGUCUACAGCGGGGCCCCAAAGAGCCACACCGGCCCGACGCGUGCGUGGGGUGCGUCCGUUGGUGCCUUUCGCGGCACCAUCCCAUUCGCAAGGCUACCCACCGUCUCGCACCCUCCGGUACACUCCGUUGUCUUUCCACAUCUUCCGAUCUCGCUCUCGGAGCUCAUUGCUGCUACCCAAGGCCCAUCGGCGCAUCCAGUCGCUGACUGGGCUGCCUGGCUUGCUUCGCCCGUGCCGAACCUGCCUGCCUGCCCGCACCUUGACGCUGGCAUAUCGCCUCUGCAGCUUGACGCCGCUGAGCUUGGCAGCGACCUUUGUCGCCGCAUUGCUGUUGACCCGCCGCUGGAUGUGAUCAGCAGCUCUCCACGCCAUGUUGCUCUCUUUGUCCACUGGCGGUUCCAGUGGGUCGGACGAUCCGCAAGCCCAGGCAGCGGCCUGUAUCCAAAAGUGGUGGCGGUCGAGGCUCGCGGCAAAAAGUUCAUGGCGGUAGCCAAGACGCUCAAGCGGCGGACCAAGAUUGCGCACGAGCUACUGGAGACCGAAGUGACGUACGUCUCGUCGCUCAAUGCGCUCAUCGAAGUGUAUGUCAAGCCGCUGCGGUUCAAUGCGCAGACGUCGCCCAACCCGAUUGCCCGGGCCGAGUCGCUCGACGCCAUUUUCUCCAACGUCGAGCUCAUCGCGCGGACCAACGAGACGCUCGCCGACUCGCUUCGGGAGCGAAUGGCCGAGUGGGACCCGAUGACGACAUGUCUCGGUGAUGCACUCAAGCGGAUGGCCCCGUUUCUCAAGCUCUACACGCAGUACUGCAAAAACUACGACAACUCGCUCAAGGCUGUGGCGCAGUGCUCGCAGUCGAAGCAGUUUACCGCCUUUCUCGAGUCUGGGCACCUCCAUCCCGACUCGCUCAACUUGCACCUAGCCGAUGCGCUCAUCAUGCCGAUCCAGCGCAUCCCGCGGUACAUCAUGCUCCUCUCUGACAUUAUCAAGUACACGCCCGACGACCAUCCGGAUGCGACGAACCUUGCCGAGGCGCUGACGCUCAUCUCGGAGAUUGCGCGGACGGUCAACUCGUCAAUGGCGGUGGCCGACUCGAUGAACCGAAUCGUCGAAAUCCAGCAGAUGCUCUCCAAGGAUUGUCCCAUUCUUGUCGAGCCUGCGCGCCGGUUUGUGCGCGAAGGCUACCUGACCAAGAACCGCGAGAAGCGCAUGUACUUUUUGUUCAACGACAUUCUCGUCUACGCCGCCAAGCAAAACUCGUCAAUGUUUCUCUUCAAGGGCCUCAUUCCGCUCAACACCACGUGGAUCAAGGACCUUGCCGGUGAGGAGGUCUCGCUCCCGCAUGCCUUCCAGAUUGUGUCGACCAAGAAGACGUACACGGUGUGUGCCGACUCGGAGUCGGCCAAGGCCUCCUGGAUGGCCGACAUCAAUGCACAGAUUGACGAGCUGGUGGCAAAGGAUCCGUCGCUAGUGGCGCGCCGCGCCGAAGCCGGCAGGGUCGUCAAGUCGCGGUUCCGCCGCAAGGGCGCCGGCGAGUCGGGCGCCGCCGGCGACGCCUCGGGCUCGGGCAUGCCGGUCCUCUCGGCACCAGCGACCAUUGAUCUCACCGUUCCCACGCCACGCCUCUCGUACCGGUACUUGUUUUCAGGAAACUGCGACAAAGUCGGCACGCUGUGCAAGCUCGGCUCGUCGCGAUUCACGCGGUGGAACAACCGCAUCUUCCUCCUUAAGGACAUGUUCCUCUACUACUACAAGACUGAGGCCGACGAGGAGCCAACCGGCAUUGUCCCACUCGACGGGUGCAUUGUCGAAUCGCGGCAAGACAUCUCCAAGAAGAACAAGUACUACUUUGACAUUUCGCACUCGACCCGAUCGCGGGUCUACCACAUCUUUGCCAAAGAGACAGCCGACCGGACCGAGUGGUCGAACCUCCUCCUCCGCGCCAUCAACGGUGACCGUGCCGUCUCCAACUUUGGCCUCCCGUUUGUGUUCUGCAACAUUGCCUGGGGCCCUCUCAUUGUCAAGGAGCUUGCGCUUGAGGCUUUCCUCUCGGUCAUCACCCUCUGCAAGGACGACAUGCUCGACGAGCACUACUCGGCGCUAUCGACCAAGGAUGGCGCCAACUUCCUGCCUGCGCUCAUCAACACGCUCAACGCCGAGGGCGCUGUGUUUGAGUUGGGAGCGAAAGCGCUGCGCCACGCCUCGCGCUUUCAAUUUACCCACGCCUAUCUCCUUGACAGCAACAAUGGCGUGUGUGAGUUUCUUGGCGGCCUCAUGUCACGGGAGGGUACGUCCAAGGCGACAGUAGGCAACAUUGCGUGGACGCUUGUCCACCUCCUUGCACCAUCCAUGGGCCCUGGGCCCGACGAGCCUGCACCGGCGAUCCUCGGCGAGUCGCCGAUCAUCCCGUUGGUCAUUCUGCUCGAGCGGGCCGGUGACGAGUUCAUGAUUGACGCCGCCAUCAAGGCCAUGGCCCAUCUCGCCGAAGACGCCUUUCUUCGUGCGGCUUUUCUCAAGGACAAUGCACUGAAGCCCCUUGUGGAAGUUCUGCGGACGGCAUCGUCGCAUGUGGCGCUCUACUACGGCUGCCUCACGCUCUCGCUCGUCUCGUCGAACGACUCGAUCCGGGCGGCCAUUCCGAACCUCGGCGCCAUUCCCACUCUUGUCACCCACCUCUCCUCCCCAUCGCCGUGGGUCAUCGAGGCUGCGCUGCGGGCGCUCUCGGGCUUGGCAAGCUCGUCGCAUAACAGGGUCCUCAUGACCGAGUCACUCUUUCUCUCACCGCUUCUCAGCGCGCUCGAGUCGAACGCGACACCGUCGAUGCUCGCGGUUGCCAUGGACUGCAUCCGUGCCUUUUCGGCCUCGCUCUACGGCAAGGAGGUCAUCCUCAACGGCGGCUGCCUGCCGUCGCUUGUUGCCGCGCUCACCCUCAACCAGGACGUCAAGGUGCUGACCAACGUGGCGGCAGCGAUUGCGAACGUGACCGAGGGCGGCUCGACGCUCAUCCAGUCCGAGUUUCGUGAGCUCGGUGGAAUGGACUCGAUGUUUGCGGUGGCGAACAACUGGCUGCCUGCCGAGCCGAACCGGAUUCACGCUCGGCUGCAGGAGGCAAUUCUACGUGUCCUCUGCAAUGUGUGCCUCUCUUCCAAUCCCAACAUUGAGCUCCUGGUUGCUGCGCCAGAGACCGUUGCCGCGGUGGUGCACUCGCUCUCGUCGCCGGUCGAGCGGGUGGUAGCUCAAGCGGCGCGGCUGGCUGGUGAGGUCUCAAUUGUCGAGAAUGGAGCGCGGACGCUGCAACACAGCGCUGCGGUCGAGCCGCUCUUCCGAGUCGCGUGCUGGAACGUCGAGGGCUCGACGACGUAUCAGGCCUCGGCGCGAGUCUCAGCCGUCAUUGCGUUGGCCAACUUGGCCAAGUCAUCGAUUGUGGUGGCACACCUUGGCGAGCUGGUGGCAGAGGCGCCGCUGGCGGUGGCAGACCUGGCGCACGGCGCCGGACUUGCCGGCAUUGCCGCGCGCAAGCUCGCAGGCAAGCUCGACCUUGACCUUGGCGUGGCGCCGGUCCUGCACGAGUCGGCCAAGCGUCCGGCGACGCCCGAGGUGACGGCGCAGUCGGGCGGGCGGCUGACGCUUGCGGCGCCGGACAAGCUUCUCGACCCCGCCAAGGCUGCCGUGAUCAUUGACUCUGCGGUAGCCGUCGAGUCAUGGAUGGCAACGUCAGAGACGGAGCUCAACGUGUCGACCGGCGACGUGAUUGCCGUCUACGACGCCACCCAUCCCGAGUGGUGGUAUGCGCGGGUCGGCGGCGUCACCGGCUUUGUGCCCUGCUUUUGCCUCGAAACGGUGAGCGCCGGCAUGCGCAAGACCACGUCGGCGACGCUUGACAAGGCGGCACGACUGGCGCGGCUCUCGACGGCGCCGGCCGACGAAGUGGUGAUGACACUCGAGGAAGAGGGCGUCCGCAUGGGCUACCUCAAACUGCAGUCGACGUCGGUGCUCAAGUCGUGGAUCCGGCACUUUGCGGUGUUAGAGGCCGGCAAGCUUGCAAUCUACAAGACCGUCCACGACCCGGUGCCGGUCUUUGAGCUCGACGUUCAGGUGGUCAACGUCAAGAACGCGUCCGAUCUCACCUUUGAGAUGAUUGCGCCAGAUAAGCGGUAUUUGUUCCAGGGCGAGACGCAAGCUGAGGUGACGGCGUGGGUGGCCGCGAUUCGGGACGCGACAGCGUCACAGCUCCGCAACGUCACGUCGGUCGGGAAGACUGGCACGCUCAAACGGGUCCAUUCCAAGACGAAGUCACAGAUCAACCAGCUCAUAGCUAACAUCUGGAAGCUGCCGGGCAACUCAGUCUGCGCCGACUGCUUCAACACCAAGCCAGACUGGUGCUCGAUCAACCUCGGCAUUUUGGUCUGCAUCGAGUGCUCGGGCUUGCACCGCUCGCUCGGCACGUCGAUUUCCAAGGUUCGGUCGCUCAAGCUAGACGACCUGGUGCCGUAUGUGGAAGAGUACAUGCAGGCGAUCGGUAACGAGGCUGCCAACUCGAUCCUCGAGGCCUGGCCGUCGCGGGUCAUCCGCUACAAGCCGUCAGACCCGUCGCUUGCCGGCAUGCGUAACCAGUACAUCAAGUACAAGUACGUAGAGAAGCGGUUGUUGGCCAAGGGCACCGAGACUGACCCGGAUAAGCUCGGCGCAGCGCUGCGUGCGUCCAUCGCCGCAGGCUCGCACAUGGGCAUCCUCGCUGCACUCGCCGCCGGCGCCGCCGUCGACUGGCUCCCGCCCGACAAGCCGGGCGCCAUCGGCUCGGUCGCGUAUGCGCUCGAGACCCAGGCGCCGCGGGUAGUUGUCACCGCGCUCGUGCUCAAUAACGCCGACAUCAACUCGGUCUCGCCCAAGUCGGGCGGCACGCCCGCCCACGACGCCGUCCUCGCCGAACGCUCGGACGUGCUGGAGAUUCUGAUGGACAACAACGCCGACAUCAAGACACCCAACGCUGAGGGCCAGACCGUACUGCAGCUCGCCGAGGCGCUCAACGCCACCCGUUGCAUCACUAUCCUCCGUGGUGAGACAGCUAGCCCGAGCGAGUGUGAGGCGUCGGGGUCGGCGGCCGGCUCCUCGCCGCCGCCACCGACCAGCGAAAACGUCCGCGUCAUGUCGGUCACCUCGCUCCCACCUGCGCCGCCGGCAGGUGCCAACGAUAACUACGAAGAUUUGCUUGCCCUCAUCGAAGACGAUGCUCUCCCGCCACCGCCGCCGGACAUGCUCGCGGCCGACUCGGCACCACCCAAGCCUGCCGGGAGGACCAAGCCGGCGCGGGUGGGCGGCGGGCGACGCGGCUCUGGCCCACCGCCGCCGCUCUCGCAGGGUGCCGCCGCCGCUAGCUCGCCUGGCGAGGAUUCGGGCGCAGCCUUUGCCACCCGUCGGCCAACCGCCAAGAAGCUCCCGCCACCAGCAGUCGACGUCUCGGGCAGUGACAACUCGCUUGGCGAGGUCCAGCCCAUCGUGCCCGCCGACUGGCACCAAGCCGACCACGCCCAAGCCGCGCAAGCCGACAGCUACCAAGCCGACCACGCCCAAGCCGACCACGCCCAAGCCGGCGUCACCCAGCCGCGCAAGCCGACAGCUACCAAGCCGACCACGCCCAAGCCGACCACGCCCAAGCCGGCGUCACCCAAGCCACGCAAGCCAACUGGCGUCAAGCCGGCGUCGCCCAAGCCUGCCAAGCCCGCAGCCGCCAAGCCAGUGGCCGCGGCUAGUUGCGCAUAA